CCUAGCGCAGUAUAUAAGGCAACUAUUUUGUAUUUUUUUCAAAAAAGGACAAUAUGGAGCUGUAUAAGAUAGUCACCUUCAUAGCUAUUGUUAUAAUACAGACUGAUGCUGGUGUUUGCAAUCGCAAGAACACAGUUAUCCAAGUCAGGGUUCCCCAACGCACUAACGUGACUGUUAAGUAUCCGCCGAUGUUGCGUAGUCCCGUUGAAUACGUUCCGUAUCCGUACUCAAUCGGGAACAAACGUGAAAGACCUUGCUAUAGAUGCCAAAAUUCAAGAUGUUUCAAAUGCAAUAAUCAAGUAAAGUCGCCAACUCUACUUCCCGGAACAAGAACAAACAUCAUCAUAGAUGUUCAAGGGUCAAGAUCUAAACCUAAUUCAGACCAACCGGUUAAUCAUGCAUCUGACCCAAAUCGGCGAGGGACUCUUGUCGUUGUCCAAGGCGGAUCGGCUGCAUCUAGUGACGCUACUGCAUCAGCUAAUGGAAAUAAUGGGAAUUCUGCUGCCGCUGCUUCAUCGUCAGCUUCAGAAAACCAACUUAUUGCUGACUUUAAAGAAGAAGACAGGGCUCCAGAUGGAUCAAUAAAGGACACUGAGGACAUAUUUAUAGCAGAUAACUCAAAAUCCAACUCAAGUGCUACUGCAUCAUCUUCUUCAAAUGGCGGACAAGCGAAAGCAAAAGCAUCUUCAUCUAACCAAAAUGCACCUUCUAAGCCUUCUUCAAAUCGUUCACCACAAAAAUCGUCCCCAUCAAAAGGCCCUCAAAAGCCUCGUAAUAAACCAACGCAACCAAACAUCCCAGAUAAUGACAAUUCUCCAGACAAUGACAAUUCCCCAGAUAAUGGCGGUAACCCAGAUGCCGAUGAUUCUCCAAACAAUGACAACUCCCCAGAUAACGGCAAUAACCCAGAUGACGAUGACUCUCCAAACAAUGACAACUCUCCAGACAAUGACAAUUCCCCAGAUAACGAUGAUUCUCCAAACAAUGACAACUCCCCAGAUAACGGCAAUAACCCAGAUGACGAUGAUUCUCCAAACAAUGACAACUCCCCAGAUAACGGCAAUAACCCAGAUGACGAUAAUUCUCCAAACAAUGAUAACCCUCCAGACAAUGACAACUCUCCAAACAAUGACAACUCCCCAGAUAACGGCAAAAACCCAGAUGACGAUGAUUCUCCAAACAAUGAUAACUCUCCAGACAAUGACAACUCUCCAGAUAGUGGCAGUAACCCAGAUAACGAUGAUUCUCCAAACAAUGACAACUCUCCCGAUUCAUCAAAUAAUGACAAAUCUCCAGACGAUGGAGAUCAAUCGCCUGAUAAUGAUUCCACAAAAAGUGGCAAUGAAUCAAACAGCAAAGACAUUUCUGACAAAUCGGAUCAGAAAGAUUCACCUACGGGAAAUGAUGAUGCUCCAAGCGGAGACGAUUCAACAGCUCCCGAUGCAAAGGGAGCCGACCCAGGACCACCAUCUGAAGACAAUGAUCCACAAAGCAAUCCUUAGUCUUAGUAAUAUUUUAAGAACACUCCGAAUUUUAAGACCUUUUACAAGUAAAUUCAAAAAAAGGGAUUUUAAGUAUUUAUUUAAAACAAUGAUUUCGUAGUCCAGAUUAAAAAUAUGAAAUUGUCGAAACGUAUAUCUUUUUGUUGAACUACUCAUAAAAGACUUUUAUAUAAUAAAAGUAUCACUUCUUAUAUAUAA